CCACAAUUGAAUCCGUACUCGUGCCUGUCUUGUCGGAGAAAGAAGAAGAAAUGCGAUAGAUUGUACCCUUGUAUCAAUUGUCGCAAAGAUGGUACUAAUUGUUUGUUUGUGCCGAGGCGGCCUUCCACUCGACCAAAGACCGCUCAUGGUAUGCUUGAGAGGCUUCAACAUCUGGAGGGAGUUAUUGGAAUCUUACGGGACAAUUACAGUCAAGGAGCAACACACCAAUCUCCUAAGACUACAGAAGCUUGCGUCAAUGCAAUUACAGCAGGGGGUGAGACUUUCCAUCCAUCUGAUCCGACCAGAGGCCGAACAACACAAGACGAUGCGGUUGCCGAAUUAGGGACAGAGCUUGGCAGGCUGGCAGUCGGAGAUGGACGCAGCAGAUAUAUCAGCAGCAGUUUCUGGGCAAGUCUAGACGAAGAGGUCGACGACCUCAAGAGUUUAUUGAUGGAUAUACCGGACGAUUCCAAGAUGUGGAAGACACCUAAUUCUUUGGAUUUUGGAACUACCAAUCAAAGUUUUAUAUUUGGGGGCCGUGCUCAUCGACAGUCCUUAUCUGGCUUGCAUCCGUCACCGCAGCAUGCACUUCUGUAUUGGCGUCUAUUCAAGACAAAUUGCGACCGCUUGAUUAAAGUUCUGCAUAUUCCUACGACCGAGCCGAUAAUUCUUCACGCCGUGCAACAAACUACUCGCGUACCGAAAGGGUUGGAAGCACUGAUAUUCUCCAUCUAUUUUUCUGCCAUAGAGAGCCUUUCGGAAGAUGAGUGCUGGGAAGCCUUUGGCAGUCCCAAGGGCGAUCUCAUCGAUACUUAUAAAUUUGCAACAGAACAAGCUUUGGCGCGAGCCAAAUUCCUCGAAACUGACGAAUUGAUUGUAUUGCAGGCUCUCGUCAUAUUUCUGAUGAGUCUACGGAAUCAUUGCAGCAUCCGACUCAUGUGGAGUCUCACUGCUCUGGCAGUUCGUCUUGCCCAGAAUGCUGGCAUUCACCGCGACGGCACUCAUUUCAAUCUGUCUCCAUUUACGGUGGAAAUGAGGCGAAGGCUGUGGUGGAGCAUAUGUGUUCUGGAUUCCCGUGCCUGUGAAGACUCUGGCCACGAUGCUACGCUUCCUCAUGGUGGCGCUGAUACUUUGAUACCGCUCAACAUUAACGAUUCAGAUAUGGCUGUGCAUAUGAAGGAGGCUCCUCGGCCCAGAACUGGUCUGACAGAAAUGAGUUUCAGUCUUGUUCGAUUUGAAGCAACAUCAUUAUUUCGACGACUGCAGUACACUUCAACUAGUUCCUUAGGGCAAAAUGAUGAAGACCAAGAUCUAGCAAAAAAGAUGAAUCAGAUUUCUGAAACCCAAACGCGACUUCACAAUCUUUACUUGAAAUACUGCGAUCUAUCAGAUCCUUUCUCCUGGUAUAUUCAUACCAUUGCGCAAAUCGUCUUCACAAAAAUGCAACUUGUUGCGCAUCAUCCAUCUUUGCGUCGUGCUGGCUACACAGAGCUGCCCAAGGAGACACAAGAAUAUUUAUUCACUUCCUCUAUCAUGAUUCUCGAAUACUGGCUAGCUUUGAACACAGAAAAGAAGACUAAGAAAUGGAGAUGGCUAUGCGAGACAUAUAUUCAAUGGUAUGCACUUGCGUUUCUGCUUUCUGCUUUAUGUGUUCGGCCGGAGAGUGAAGAAGUAGAGAGGGCGUGGAAUGCGGUUGAUGCCACUCUCCAACUGGGUCUCAAGCUCUCAAACAUUGCCCAAAAGAGAACCGGUAUCAAUCCAAAUGGCGUGUCAGAUAUUGACGAAAUAUUUUGCGAUGCAUAUAAGCCAUUGCGGAGGCUGAUUAAAAAAGCCCAUGCAGCUCGAUCUCGG